AUGGCCCUAAGCGACCGAGGGCAACGGAUGAUCGAGAUCGUCUCCGUCUUGGUCGCCCUGUGCUUCAUCUCAGUAGUGCUUCGUGUGGUGGCUCGUCUACGAAGGCGAGUUGAACUCGGCAUGGAUGACUACCUCAGCAUGCUGUCGAUGGUCUUGCUGAUUGCCAUGUUAAUUGAAUUAGUACUGUGGUGCACGAUUGGCGGUAACGGAUCCCACUAUACAGACCUCGAUGCUGAGACCCUCGUGAACUACUACAAGAUCUUCCUGGCCAACCAGUUCACGUACUUCGUCCUUUGCCCCGCGAUCAAAAUUUCCAUCAUUUGCUUCUACCGUCGUGUUUUCUCCACGCCCAAGUUCCAAAAAAUCACCUUCGGUCUAAACUGCCUCAUCGGUGCCUGGGGCACUGGGAUCUUCCUCGCCUGCGCAGGUCAAUGCCGUCCGCUCCGCGCCUACUGGGAUCAUAGCGUUGAAGGCCACUGCUUCGAUGCUAACCUUUUCUUCAUUGUCAAUCAAGCCUUUAACGUUUUGAUGGACUUUGUCAUCCUCAUCCUACCAAUUCCCAUGAUCUGGGGGCUGCACCGUGCGUGGCAAGACAAACUCGCGCUCAAUGGCGUUUUCGCAUUGGGCGCGUUCGUCUGCUUCGCUAGCAUUUACCGCAUUGUUGUGCUGUUUUGGAUCAGCCCAUCUGAUCCGACCUACACUGUCUACCAAGCCUCUCUCUGGACGCACAUCGAGCCAUCUGUUGGCCUAAUCUGUUCCUGCCUCCCAAUAAUUCGCGGCCUUUUCCCCGCCCUCAAUCUAAAGAACCGCUCGAACCGCAGUGCUGGACCCUACUAUAUCAACACAGAUAUCAGCCAGUCGAACUUGAUGAUGUCAAAGGGCAGUCCGCGGUCUCCAGAUAUGGAAUACUUGAAGAUGCAGAACAGCAUUUACGGCGCACAGGCUGAGCGCAGUGGCAAAAGUCAAUUCCUGGGAGAUGACCUCUCACCGUUCAAUAUCAAGGUUCAGACCGAAAUUGCCAUCACUCCUGGGAACGACUCUACCUCGGCAUUGAACAGCCAUACCUGA